UAGUCUUUCCGCAAUUCCCUUUAAUCCACAUUUUCUUUUCUUCCUAUUUCUUCUCUCUUUCAAAUCCUUUUCUUUCUCUUCAUUUUCCACAACACAGACCUUGAGAGAAGAAAGAAAGAAAGAAAGAAAGAGUCUGAGAUUCAAGUUUGAAUUACUUUUAUUCUCUCCGGGUGUUUCAUUGUGGAGCAAUGGCAUUUGCAGGAACAACCCAAAAAUGUACAGCCUGCGACAAAACUGUGUAUUUGGUUGAUAAGCUUGCCGCUGAUAACCGUAUUUAUCACAAGGCUUGCUUUCGAUGCCACCACUGCAAAGGCACCCUUAAGCUUGGAAACUUCAAUUCCUUUGAAGGAGUGCUUUACUGCAGGCCUCACUUCGAUCAGACCUUCAAAAGAACUGGUAGUCUCGACAAAAGCUUCCAAGGAACCCCAAAAGUAGUAAAACCAGAGAAGCCUGUUGACAGUGAGAACAAAGUUGCAAAUAUGUUUGCCGGUACCAGAGAAAAGUGUCUGGGAUGUAAGAAGACCGUGUAUCCAAUUGAAAAGGUAGCAGUAGAUGGAACCACAUAUCACAGGAGCUGUUUCAAAUGCACACAUGGAGGAUGUACGAUUAGCCCAUCUAACUACAUAGCACACGAGGGAAAACUCUACUGCAAACACCACCAUAUCCAACUAUUCAAGGAGAAAGGAAAUUACAGUCAGCUUGAAGGAAAUCCUACAGAAGCCACUGCUCAAUCAUGAAAACAGUUCACACAGAAAAGAAAAGAAAAGAAAAGAAAAGAAAAGCAAAAAGAAAAAACAUUUAUUUUCUCAGUUCAUGAUGCUGUGAUCUAUCAUCUCCUAGAGUUUCCUGUUUCUUCUUAUUGUGUGCAUAUGAUUGAUAAUGGGUUUCAAUUUUUAAGAUUGUGAUAUUACUGCAUUGCCUUCUUCUACUUGCAUCUGUAAGUGUUUGAACUCCGUUAAGAAUUUUCUGAUUCUCUA